CGCUCUCCGCCUGCUAUUUCCUGCCAAGCGUAUUAUCCCAGUCCACACGGGAGAACACUUCACCCGGACCCUCAGAUCUAAUAAUCGCAGUCAAGUACGACUGUUUGGAUCUCUUACUAUUCCAUCUACGACGAACAAACCUAUUGGAAAUAAAAGAGAAAUGUCUGCUGCUCAGAGGAAAGCGCCGUCAAAGGCUGUUCAGCUCGCUAUCGACGCCGGCGCGCCCACUAUUGACCCUAGCACUUUGCCAGACGUGACGGACAUCUCUCCAGAGACGGUGACGGAGAGUGUGAUUGCCAUCAACUCGCAAUGCAAGAAUGAAAGGCAGAAAUUCCUGAUAAACAACCUAGUGCGACACUUGCACGACUACGCUCGCGAGACCAACCUCACAACCGAGGAAUGGAUGACAGCGAUCCAGUUCCUGACUGCGACGGGGCAGAAGUGCUCUUCCAUUCGACAGGAGUUCAUCCUCCUCAGUGACGUCCUGGGCGUCUCGGCGCUUGUGGAUUCGAUCAACCAUGCGCGCCCGCCGAACGCGACGGAGAACACGGUGCUAGGCCCCUUCUUCACCGAGGACGCGAAUGACAUCGAUCAGCAAGGCUCCAUCGCCUCCGAAGGCAAAGGUGACCCGCUGCUCGUCACCCUCCGUGUGCUGGACACGCAAGGUCGUCCCGUCCCCGGCGCGCGGGUCGAGACGUGGGAGACGGAUGCAGAGGGGUUCUACGAUACGCAGUAUGAGGGGCGGACGGGGCCGGACUGCCGUGGGAGGCUGAAGACGCAGGAAGAUGGUGUGUGCGAGUUCUGGGCCGUCGUCCCCGUUGCGUAUCCUAUUCCGAGCGAUGGCCCGGUUGGAAGCCUCCUUCGCAGCUUGCACAGGCACGUCUUCCGCCCCGCCCACCUGCACAUCAUGGUCGACGCCGAUAGGUUCGAGACGCUCACGACAGCGCUCUACCUCGAAGGGGACGAGUACAUCAAGUCCGACGCCGUGUUCGGUGUGAAGAGGAGCUUGAUAUGCAAGAUUGACCGCGUGGCUGACGAGGCUGAAGCCAAGAAGCAUGCGAAGAGUACGCCGUUCAACCAGCUGAAAUGGGACUUUGUCCUUGCUAGCAAGGAGGAGGCGGACUUGGUCCGCGCAGAGAAGAUGGAGAAGAUGAGGCUGAAAUAGGCGAGAACUUGGAUAUUCUUGACUAUGGAGGGGAUGGAGAGGAACGAAAUAACGGGUAUUCACUGCUCAGACAAUAGUGUAAAUUAGCAUUGUGUCAACGAAUUUUGUGCUGGUGUAUGGAGUGUUCCUCUGCCAGCAGAUGGGUGCAAU